GGAAACAGAUCAGAGGCGGAGCCACAUUCAACAGAACACACACAGAUCAUUUCCCAGAAAUGACAGUAUCAGUUCUUCUCAGUGUGAUCAGAGCUGCAGACGUGUGUGUGGAACCGUCCUACAAACCUGAAACAACUUCAUCAGAUCUGGUUCAAGUUUCAUCGGUUCAUAACAGACAGAUAUGGCUGCUGCCGGUCGUGUCCGAUCUGAGGAUCAGUUCCGGUGUUCCAUCUGUCUGGAUGUCUUCACUGAUCCAGUCACAAUACCAUGUGGACACAACUUCUGCAAAUCCUGCAUCUCUGAAAACUGGAGGGUUAAUGUUCCAUAUCGGUGUCCCAUGUGUAAAGAGGAAUUCUACACAAAACCUCAGCUGAAGAUCAACACGUUCAUCUCAGAGAUGGUGGCUCAGUUCAGACUUGAAGUUCAACAUGGACCAAACAUCUACAGCUCAGACCAACAAGCUGCCAAACCAGGAGAAGUUCCCUGUGACGUCUGCUCUCAAACCAAACUGAAGGCCCUGAAGUCCUGCCUGGUGUGUCUGACCUCCUACUGUCAGACUCAUCUGGAACCUCAUCUGACAGUUCCAGCGCUGAAAAGACAUCAGCUGAUCCACCCUGUGGAGAACCUGGAAGACAGGAUGUGUAGGAAACACCACAAACCUCUGGAGCUGUUGUGUAAAACCGACCACACAUGUAUCUGUCACCACUGCACCUACUCAGACCACAAAGGUCAUGAUGUUACUCCUUUGAAAGAUCAAUAUGAAGAACAAAAGCCAGAGCUGAAGAAGACAAAGGCUGAAAUUAAGCAGAUGAUCCAGGAGAGACGACUGAAGAUCCAGGAGAUCCAACGGUCAGUGGAGGUCAGUAAGAACGCUGCAGACAGAGAGAAUGCAGAAGGUGUUGAGGUCUUCACUGCUCUGAUGGAGUCUGUUCAGAGAGGUCUGGACCAGCUCUUAGAGGAGAUCCAAGAAAAGCAGAGGAGCACCGAGAAACAGGCUGAAGACUUCAUCAAAGAGCUGGAACAAGAAAUCUGUGAGCUGAAGAAGAGAAGCACUGAGGUGGAGCAGCUGUCAGGCUCUGAAGACCACCUCCACUUUGUCCAGAGGUUCACAUGUGUCAAAGCUGCUCCAUCCAUGAAGACCUGGACAAAGGUCAGCGUCCGUCCACCAUCAUAUGAGGGGACUGUGGACAGAGCUGUGUCUGAGCUGGAGAACAAACUCAGAAAAGACAUGAAGAAGAAGAAGGAGGCUAAAGCUGACCUGAAGAGAGUCCAACAGUAUGAGGUGAAUCUGACUCUGGAUCCAGAUACAGCACAUCCUAAACUCAUCCUGUCUGAUGAUGGAAAACAGGUUCACACUGGUGAUGAAAGGAGGAACCUUCCAGACAAACCACAGAGAUUCACUGAUAGUCUUUCCAUCUUAGCGAAGCAGAGUUUCUCUUCAGGCAGGUUUUACUUUGAGGUUCAGGUGAAAGGAAAGACUGACUGGGCUUUAGGAGUGGUCAGAAGGUCCAUCAACAGGAAAGAAGUGAUCCUACCGAGUCCUCAGAGCGGAUACUGGACCAUCGGUUUGAUAAAUGGAAGUCAGUACUAUGCUUGCGCUGGUCCUUCUGUCCCUCUGUCUGUGAAGUCUGGUCUUCAGAAGGUGGAGGUGUUUGUGGUUUAUGAGGAGGGUUUGGUCUCCUUUUAUGACGUAGGUUCCUCAGUUCUCAUCUACUCCUUCAUUGGCUGCUGCUUCAGUGAUAAACUCCUCCCAUUCUUCGGUCCAUGUUCUAAUGCUGGAGGUUCAAACUCUGCUCCUCUGAUCAUCACUCCUGUCAGACACUGAGGAACAAACUCAUCAAAUGCACAGAUUUUCUCAGAUUUACUGGAGUCACUAAACUUAGUGAUGAUGUAAAGUGUUUGAACGUGUAUGAAUCUGGAUCCAAAUGCACUGAAAUACAAACAUUAGUGCUGAGAAUAAUCCUGGUUUGACACAUUCUGAUGUCUGUGAUUGAAUCCAAUGAUAAUGAUGGUGUUUGAAUGUGAACUGGAAUUCAAAUGUUGGGAUUGGGAAUGUGUUUCAAUUAUGGGAUUGAUUUUAUCCAUUUAAAUGAUAGAAGUGUUCAGGAGAAUUCAAUAUUCAACCAGUGUGUUGACUCGUGAAAUAUUAUUUUAAUUUGAAUAGUUGAAUUCUUCAGUUUAAUCCCAUAUUAGUCAGUAGUAGUUUACGUUUUAAGAUCAUUCCUUUGUGUCUCUAGAUUUUUGUUUCACUGGUUAGCAGUACAGUUCUUACACAUGCCCACACAGGAUCGUAAACCACAGCAGAUCAGAUGUAAACAUGGUCAGUAUAGGGUCAAACAUCUGCCUGACCUUACAGUCAGGUAAUACCAGUUUAUUUGUAGUGACCCAACCCACCUAGUACGAGAGCGGCUCUGCAGAGACAUGAAAUAUGGUGCUUAGAUAAGGGGAACUAGGAUGUGUAUAUGUGAACUGUCGUCAAAACAGGUUACAUGGAGGAGUCUGAAGGAGCAACGUGAAAGCACUGGAGAAAAGUCAACCCGCUGAAUGGAAACACUGAUCCAAGGAACCAAUGAGAAGAUGAGAUCAACCAACAGUUCUAGACAACCAUAGUCUACUCUAAAAAUACUGGGUCUGGAAAAGAAGAGUGAGUCAGACUUUACCAACUGGCAAAGAAUAUUGUUGUUGUCAGGGAAAUAAAGAGACCCAGAGCUCUGUACGACUGUUUAACUGGGACUUUGUAAAUAAAUGAUUAAC